AUGGCCGCGAUACAGAAUUUUAAGAACUUCCUGCGCCAUGGCAAGCAGGCCCGCCAGAAUGCUGAGCCGACGACCAAUGUCUCCAAUGUGCACGCCCAGUCCCAACAUCAACGGUACAACCAGCAUCCGGAUCCAGUACAUCAUGGCAUCUCAGAACCCGCAAUGGACCACAAGCCCCUUCAACACCAGGCUGCUCCCCACGGCGACUUUUCCGUCGGCGCUGGCGCUGGCGACAACCGCAACAUUGCCGCUCAAGCCGGCGACGCUGCAGCCCACGCCGCAGGUAACCAGCAAAAGAAGCAGAACGCAGCCAAGAAUGCCGGUGUAGACCCUUCUGUCCUUGAGCGUAUCGUCGCCGAAGAGCGCGAGGCCAAGGGUAAGCUGCCCAGGUAUCCUGGCCUCGAGAGGUGGACACUACUGGAAAAGAUGGGCGACGGCGCCUUCAGCAACGUAUACCGUGCACGAGACACUACCGGCCAAUGGGACGAAGUCGCCAUCAAGGUCGUGCGUAAGUUUGAGAUGAAUUCACAGCAGAGAGCGAACAUCCUCAAGGAAGUACAAAUCAUGCGCCAACUAGACCACCCCAACAUCGUCAAGCUCAUCGACUUUUCCGAAUCACGACAGUACUACUACAUUGUACUCGAGCUGUGCCCCGGAGGCGAACUGUUCCACCAGAUCGUCCGUCUGACGUACUUCUCCGAGGACCUUUCCCGCCACACCAUCAUCCAAGUCGCCAAAGCUCUGCAGUACCUGCACGAAGAGGCAGGUGUUGUACAUCGAGAUAUCAAACCCGAGAACCUUCUGUUCUACCCCACUCCAUUUGUCCCUACGCGCAACCCAAAGCCCAGGGGUCCUGACGACGAAGACAAGGCCGAUGAAGGCGAGUUUGUCAAGGGUAAGGGUGCUGGUGGAAUUGGUCUUAUCAAGAUUGCCGAUUUCGGUCUUAGUAAGGUCAUCUGGGACACCCAAACUAUGACACCGUGCGGUACCGUCGGUUACACUGCCCCUGAAAUCGUCAAGGACGAGCGUUACUCCAAGAGUGUCGACAUGUGGGCACUAGGCUGUGUGCUUUACACACUGCUUUGUGGUUUCCCUCCAUUCUACGACGAGUCUAUCCAGACUCUCACAGAGAAGGUCGCCCGUGGCCAGUACACUUUCCUCUCGCCAUGGUGGGAUGAAAUUUCCAAGUCUGCCCAGGACUUGGUUUCUCACCUUCUCACUGUAGAUCCUGAGAAGCGAUAUGACAUUAAUCAAUUCCUCAACCACCCAUGGAUACGGGAAGCCGACGAGCCGACAUACUCAGCUUACGACGCACCACCCCUGGCAACACCCGCUGCUGCCAAGAAGGAGCGACUUCAGCCAGACUUCUCACAUCUCGAGUCUCCAGGCGCUCGCCGCAUGGACUUCCGCUCGCCUGGUGCCGUCAACCUCCGAGAGGUAUUCGAUGUUAGUUAUGCUGUGCACCGACAAGAAGAAGAGGGCAAGAGAAAGAAGCAGUUCAAGCAAGGGUACCGCGGCGCCAACGCAAUGAACUCUCUCAACGCCCUCGACGAGAACGAGGACGACGAUGAGUUCGCCGCUGAGUCCGCACCAUACGAUCCAUCAUCACAACAUCCACCGGCCAAGCUUCCAAAAUCACAAGGUGCUGAUGUAUCCGGCAUGGAGCAGAAGCUGCGCAACACAACACUAUCCGCCGCCGCACAAGCACGUCAGCAACAAACAGCACCGCAACAACGUGGAUACGGUCAACACUCUCCAGCCGUUGCGGCCGCAGCUAAGCGCCAAGUCAAGAACAAGGGAGCGUUUGAGCUCAACAUGGACAGCUCAACACUACUCGGCCGCCGAAACAAGAAGGGCCCGGAGCCAAGCGGGCUAAGAAACAACAUCUCCGUCGGUGGAACAUGACAAUCAUCGUCGCUCGCAAAAGAUUGGUGAGGGUCAGGGUCGCGCAGUAGCGGCAUGGUGAGACGAUGUGUCAUGAUGGCGUUUUUGUGAUUUCUAUCUCCUUGAUCACUCAUUUCCUCCCCCUUGUCCGGUUACGAAUUUUGGUUAUAUCAUGUAUGCGAGAUGCCGAUCUCCUCUCAUGGCAUAGUUUAUGGUCACUUCUGUCCUCUUCUUGAAAUGCGGUACUUCGGACACGACAUAUAUGAGCAUGAGUAUGUCGUUUCUCAAGAGGAGGGACUCAUGCACGACUUGUUUUGGACUCACGGUGGGAAGGAAGUAACGGAUGCGAUAUAUGCCAUGAUACGGCAUCUUGUCGCACAGAUAGCAUGAAUGAUAGAUAAUGUUGAAAAGCUGCA